AUGAACGUUUUGCCGACCGGUAACUUAUUUCGCGAUCAACAAAAUGGUAGCAACAAUGCAUGUUUUAAGUGGAAAGUGCCUUUGGAGGGUUAUUGGCAACAAACACGUGGCGAGAUGGAUGAUUAUUUGCAGAGAGAAACGAAAAAAUCGGAUAAGUCGGAAAAUUCGGAAAAUUCGGAAAAAUCGGAGAAGUCGGAAAAAUCUGAUCGGCCUAUUCAAAUGGAGGUCAUGCUUUGGUCUCCAUCCCCGCAAACUGUACCAGUGUCCUUCCCAGAGCCCCUCUCAGUGUCUGACGAUUGGCGCUCGCUUCCCACGCCCGCUCCUCUGGGGUCUCCAUCAGAGUGUGUGCCAGAAUCUGACCCGGAAUAUGUCACAGAGUCUCAACCGAAGUUUGUGCCACAGUCUCACCGCGAGUUUGUACCACAGUCUCACCCCGAGUUUGUACAACAGUCUCACCCAGAAUAUGUCUCAGAGUCUCACUCGGAGUUUGCGUCAGAAUCUAACAUAGUGUUUACAUCAGAGUCUCACUCAGGAUUUAUGCCAGAGUCUCACAAAGAAUUUGCAGAAUAUCCACCAGAAUCUCACACAAAAUAUACGCCAGAGUCUAGCACUGAGUUUGUGCCAGAGUCUCAACCUCAAUUUGCGCCAGUGUCUCAAACAGAGUUUGCGCCAGAGCGUCACACAGGAUAUGCAACAGAGUCUCACUUAGAGUUUUUGACACAAUCGCACACAAAGUUUGCAGAAACACCGCCAGAGUCUCACACAGAGUUUGCAAAAAUACCGCCAGAGUCUCACACAGAGUUUGCAGAAAUACCGCCAGAGUCUCACACAGAGUUUGCAGAAGUACCGCCAGAGUCUCAAACAGAGUUUGCAGAAUUUCCACCAGAGUCUCAAACAGAAUAUGCGCCAGAAUCUCACUCAGAGUUUGCGUCAGAGUCUCAACCACAAUUUGUGCAAGUAUCUCAAACAGAAUAUGCAUCAGAGUCUCAAACAAAAUAUGCAUCAGAGUCUCACACAAAAUAUGCAUCAGAGCCUCAUACAGAGUUUGCAGAGAUUCCGCCAGAGUCUCACACAGAGUUUGCGGAAAUUCCACCAGAGUCUCACUCAGAGUUUGCAGAAUUUCCACCAGAGUCUCAAAAUGAAUAUGCAUCAGAGUCUCACGCACAAUAUGCAUUAGGGUCCCACACAAAAUAUGCAUCAGAGCCUCAUACAGAGUUUGCAGAGAUUCCGCCAGAGUCUCACACAGAGUUUGCGGAAAUUCCACCAGAGUCUCACUCAGAGUUUACAGAAUUUCCACCAGAGUCUCAAAAUGAAUAUGCAUCAAAGUCUCACGCACAAUAUGCAUCAGAGUCCCACACAGAAUAUUCAUCAGAGCCUCACACUGAGUUUGCAGAAAUUCCGCCAGAGUCUCACACAGAGUUUACAGAAAUUCCGCCAGACUCUCAUACUGAGUUUGCAGAAAUUCCGCCAGAAUCCCAAACAGAAUAUACAUCAGAGUCUCACACAGAGUUUGCGGAAAUUCCGCCAGAGUCUCACACAGAGUUCGCAGAAAUUCCACCAGAGUCUCAAACAGGAUUUGCAGAAAUUCCGCCCGAGCCUGACACAGGGUUUGCUGAAAUCCCGCCAGAGUCCCACACAGAAUAUACAUCAGAGUCUCACACAGAGUUUGCAGAAAUUCCGCCAGAGCCUCACACAGAGUUUGCGGAAAUUCCGCCAGAGUCUCAAACAGAGUUUGCAGAAAUUCCACCAGACUCUCAUACAGAGUUUGCAGAAAUUCCGCCAGAGUCUCACACAGAGUUUGCAGAAAUACCACCAGAUUCUCACACUGAGUUUACAGAAAUGGAGCAAGAGUCUCCCACAGAGUAUACAGAUAUUCCAUCAGUGGCUCUCACAGAGUUUGCAGAUAUUCCACCAGAGUCUCCCACAGACUUUGAAGACAUUCCAUCAGUGGCUCUAAGAGAGUUUGCUGAUAUGCCACCGGAUUCUCCCACAGAGUUUACAGAUAUGUCUCCAGAGUCUCCCACAGAGUUUACAGAUAUGUCUCCAGAGUCUCCCACAGAGUAUGCAGACAUUCCAUCAGUGGCUCUUACAGAGUUUGCAGAUAUUCCACCAGAGUCUCCCACAGACUUUGAAGACAUUCCAUCAGUGGCUCUAAGAGAGUUUGCAGAUAUGCCACCGGAUUCUCCUACAGAGUUUUCAGAUAUACCACCAGAGUCUCCCACAGAGUUUUCAGAUAUACCACCAGAUUCUCCCACAGAGUAUGCAGACAUUCCAUCAGUGGCUCUCACGGAGUUUUCAGAUAUUCCACCAGAGUCUCCCACAGAGCUUGCAGAAAUUACACCUGAGUCUCUAACUGAGUUUGAAGAAAAUUCGCAAGAGUCUCACACUGACUAUCCAGAUAUUCCAUCAGUGGCACUCACGGAGUUUUCAGAUAUUCCACCAGAGUCUCCUACAGAGCUUUCAGAAAUUACACCUGAGUCUCUAACUGAGUUUGAAGAAAAUUCGCAAGAGUCUAACAUAGAAAUUGAUGACGAUGGAUUCCGGCGUCCCGCUCCGCCCCCUGUGCCUGAUUCGCCGCCAGAAUCUCCACUGGAGCCUUCGUUAAAGAUUCCGUUACCGAUAGCAUCUCCGUUUAUCUUACCCUUAUACUCUCCGCUAGGAGUUUCGUCAGAAUCUCACUCAGAUUUUGCAGAUAUUGAAACAGAAUCUCAAUCAGAGUUUGCAUCAAAGUCUCGCUCAGAAAUUACACCAGAGUCUCACUCAGAGUUUGAUGCCGACGGAUUUCGGCGUCCUGCACCGCCCCCUGUGCCUGAUUCACCGCCAGAAUCCCCAAUAGAGCCUUCACUAGAUAUUCCGAUAGAGUCUCCGCUCAUCUUUCCUCUGUAUUCUCCGCUGGGGGUUCCAGUAGAGUCGAUACCAUCGCCACCACCAGUCAUUGAAAUUUCCAGCGAUAUUGCGAAAAACGUGACUCUUUUUAACGCCGGGCAGAGUAAAACAUUAUGCGACUCUGACGACAUAAUAAUAGAACAAAUAGAUGAGAUGGAACAAAUGGAAGAGGCUGCCAAAUCUGCUAAGUCCACUAACUUUACAAAUUUUGUCAAGCCUGUCAAACCUGCUAAAAUAUCUAAGGCUGCCAAGGCUGCCAAGUCUGCCAAGUCUGCCAAGUCUGACAAAUUUGCGAAGUCCGACAAAUCUGCGAAGUCUGACAAACCUGUCAAGCCUAAUAAGUCACACAAGCCAGUGCCAGUGCUUCCGGCCCAUCGUAAGGAGCAGGUAGCUAAGACAUACGCUAACAUGUUUGUCGCUGGCACCUUCCGUCGAUUGCACCGGUGUGAAAUAGGAUCUUGCGACAAGAUUUUCACCAAGAGCUCGCAUUUAAAAGCUCAUAUGCGAUCACAUACUGGUGAAAGACCGCAUAAGUGUACUUGGGAGGGUUGUGAUUGGAGCUUCGGAAGGCCUGAUGAGCUGACAAGACAUAUGCGUAAACACACGGGAGCCAAGCCGUUCACCUGCCGCCAAUGCAACCAGUCCUUCUCCCGCUCGGAUCAUCUAAAGCGACAUAAGCAUCCCACCGUACCGCCCACCCCGCUAACUAAACGAAACUAA